AUGGAGGGAUGGGGAGAGGUGACAAAAAUCCCAUUCACCGGUAUAGGAAGCACCAGCCCCAGGACGGCUGUUUCUACAAAAUUCGAUUCGCAGCAGAAUAUUAUCCUAGUUGGUGAUGAUGAUGGAUAUGUUAGUUCCUUCAUACAAACAAGUUCUCCUUUCAGCAAUGAAACAAGCCCCUAUACUAAAUACCUAACAAAUAGUCUGCAUCAUCCGGUUACACAGCUACUCUCUCAUAGAGACGGCACGUUGGCGCUUCUGACAGAUGAGGUUUCCUUCUUUAAUCGACGCGGAGUACCAAAAGGUGGAUUUGACGCUUUGUCAUUUAAGGACGACUCAUUCAAGAGUCUCAAUGCAAUGUCGUUCAAUUGUAACUCCUUUAAUGACGUGGUUGUGAGCACCAAUUCUUCCUUGCUCAAGUUUGAUUUAAAUAAACCAAAUGUCUUGACCAAAUUCAAUCAUGAAGGUAAGAUAACAUUAAUAAAGGAGUCCCCAAAGUUACUUGCUCUAGCAGGCACUACAGGGUCUCUUGAAUUAUUUGACCCAACGUCCAAUGCAUCCUUAAAGACGUUUUCUGCACACAAUGGGUACAUGUCUGAUUUAGACGUAAAGGGGAACUAUAUCGCUAGUUGCGGCUACUCUGUAAAACCAAAAAGGUACAAUUAUCACCAAACGCCGGAAUAUUUGUGUGAUCCUUUGGUCAACAUCUUUGACAUUCGAAUGAUGAAAGCAAUUGCUCCGGUUGCUUUUCCGGCUGGUGUGUCAUCAGUCAGGUUUCAUCCUAAACUACCUAAUAUCUUGAUCAUUGCCUCUGCAUUUGGCUUGAUUCAGUUUGUAGAUAUAUUUGAUCAAACAAAUGUGAAAGUAUAUCAUGCAGAUAUGCCGUUGCCUCCUCAACAAACAGCAAAGCAACCAUCCUUGUCUGAUUUGCAAAUAAGCGAAAACGGUGAUUUCUUUCUGUUCAAUGAUGGUUAUUCAAAUAUACAUUUAUGGUCAAUUACCAACGCCGAUGCAAUCAGCAAAAAUUUUGUGAAUUUCCCGCAAAACAUUGAGAAACCAGACAUAACCAUUGACUCUGAAACGUUUAUUGAUAUAGAUGACAACAAUGUGCCGCUUUCAAUAGUUGGUAUGCCCUAUUAUAAAGAGUUGCUACUAUCAAAUUGGCCAGUCGAUCUCAAAUUCAUCAAAGAGCGAGCUCGUUUACCAAAUGCUAUUGAUUCCGACCUAUUAGCCAAAGCUGAUCAGGGACUUUUCAAGUACGAUUCAUUGAAAUACGGUGCGGCAAACGUUGUGACCAAUUUCUACUCCUUAACCAGUACCAAAGAUUCCCAAAUUCCCAAAUUCCUUAGUGAAAAGAGUGAUCAAGAAAAGGAGCAGAAAAAGUCUAUAGAAGCACUUGAAGAAAGUGUUUUACAAUGCCGAAAUGAAGAUGCAAUUCCCAAUUGUUACUCAAGAUUACAAAUUCAAUACUCAAAGUUUGGUAUUAAGGAUUUUGAUUUUGCAUUUUACAAUAGAACGGAAAAGUAUUGUGGAUUGGAAAAUCACAGUGAUAAUUCCUAUAUAAAUGCAUUGUUGCAACUUUUUCGGUUUCAACCAUCUUUCUAUAAUCAAGUGGUUAAUUCAUUGUCGACUGAAUGGUUACCAAACGAGCCUCAAGUAAUUGAAACAAAUUCUGAAGGAUCGUCUAUACUUAACGAAUUGGCGUACCUAUUUGACAUGAUGUAUAAGGCCAAGGCAAGUAAUGUCAAAACAACAAACUUUAGUCAAGUUAUGAAUCACGAUGCCAACGCGUCGAAAUUGAUUAAUUUGAAUGAAUUAAUGAACUUGAGUUCUCAUGAAGUUAGAGAGUUGAUAGUUUCAUUCAACAAUUAUUUGUUGAACAGGCUAAACCUAGAUUUCAAAUCACAGUUUGAUAUAAAAUUUGAUUUGACGGAAUUGACAUACGAGAUUCAAAUUUUGGGUCGUGGUCAUUCGUGUCCAGUAAACGAGAAGCAAUUGGGCACCACAUUGUCCCUAGAUUUGAUUACACCUCCAAACAAUAUGUUGAAUAAGAUGAGUAUCCUAAUCAAUCCAAACAACCAAGAUCAACCAACUAAUUUUUCCAACAUUCGAACAAAUUUGAAUAUUUUGACGUACUUGGAUUACUCAAUGAAUCAGUGUAAAACAGUUCCAUGCACACAGCACUUGCAUACACACCCACACACUUUGGAAAUCAGAACUAGUAUUAUAAAACUACCACCCGUACUUGUCUUGAAUGUUAAUUUGACCAAUGAGGAGUUUAAGCUAAUAAAUUGUCUCAAGAAAUGGUUAGUGCCUGAAAUGUAUGCCUUAAAGGCAAGAAACAAUCAGGGAUACUCUUUUAAACCAACCAAGCCUUUAUCUGGAGAAUAUAAGAAAUAUGAAUUAUUAGGAUACGUAUGUGAAAUUAGUCAUCAAAUAGACUCAUCUAGAACAGGUGGUCAUAAUCUAGUUUCAUUUAUUAAAAUCCAAGGUGAAUGGAUCCUUUUCAAUGACUACUUAGUUAUUCCGAUUCCUGAGGAGGAAGUGUUUAACCUAACCCACGAGUGGAAGAAACCGGUUAUUGUAGUGUAUCAAGAAGCUGACAAAGUUGAGACUUUUGAUUAUAUAACUCAUUUUCAAGGUAACGAUUCUAUAUUGUAUCGAGAUCAUUUUGCAGGCGCUGCGAGAAAGGAAUACCAAAAGCAAUACAUUUUGUUAACCAAACAAGAAGCACCACAUCCUGGCACACUCGUUGCUAUCGAUGCAGAAUUUGUAACACUAAGACCAGAACAGUUGGAGAUUAGCUAUUUGGGAAGCAAGAAAUUGAUUAAACCAAAAGACCUAUCAUUGGCUCGUGUUUCCGUUUUACGUGGAGAUGACGAAAGCCCAUUAUUUGGAAAAGCAUUUAUUGAUGAUUACAUUGUACACACAUCACCGAUCUAUGAUUAUCUUACAAGUUUCAGCGGUAUCGAACCAAUGGAUUUAGAUUUUUGCAAGUCUAACAAAAAUUUAGUUACUUUGCAGACGGCAUAUCGUAAGUUAUGGCUUUUGCUUAAUUUGAAAGUCAUUUUUGUUGGUCACGGAUUGUAUACAGAUUUCAGAACAAUCAAUUUACAAGUUCCAAAAGAGCAAAUUAGAGACACUGCUGAUUUCUAUUACAUGGCAAGUUUCAAGCGACAGUUGAGUCUCAAGUUCUUGGCAUUUGUCAUGUUGCGAGAAAGAGUACAAAGGGGAAAUCAUGACUCUAUUGAAGACGCUAGAACCGCCUUGUUAUUGUAUAAAAAGUAUGUUGAGUUGAAAAAAAAAGGUGAGUUUGAGAGCAAGUUAAACUAUAUUUAUGAAGAGGGUCAUAGGCUAAAGUAUAGGGUUCCUGAAUCAUAG